AUGGCACAAGCACCCAUCACCACCAUCCCUCCUUUCAGUGACGCGGGCAAGCUCCCCGACUGUGCCAAGCAGUGCGGCCCCCUCUACGACGCCAACGGUGCUUGCGUCCCCCCCGCCGCUCCCGAGGCCGCUGCCAGCGCCUACACGGCCUGCUUUUGCGGCCACGCCAAGGUUUCCCCCUUCUCCAAGGGACCGACGGGCGUUUGCGACCAGGCCUGCCAGGGGGACCAGGCGGGCUUGCAAUCCAUUGCCAACUGGUUCCGGGGCAUCUGCAGCGCCCAAGGCGACGGCGCAGCCAACCCUCAAAACGGCCAAUCCACUACCAGCGCCGGCAACAACGGGAGCCAGAAACAGACGUCAAACACGACGAGCAACGCCGGCGGGGGCGACUGGCUCUCCAACCACUGGCAAUGGGUCAUCAUGAUUGUCGUCCUCGUCGUCGGCAUUGCCGCCAUCUGGAUUGGCGCCUGUGUCUGGCGCCGCCGCUACCUGCGCAAAAAGGACAGCCCAAUGUCGCUCGGCCAAAAGCACUCUGGCUCCGCCUCGAAUCCAUCCUGGGGUCCCGCCGUCGCCGGCUCCGAAUCCGCGACGCCCAUGGCCUAUGGACGCGACCCUGAGCAAUCCGUUCCCGAGAAGCCCAAGAAGAAGGAAAAGAAGAAGUGGACCGUCGGCCGGCGCACAUAG